AAAGGGUAAGCUUUGAACGUUGAGAAAACUAAUAAAUAAACAAAAGGAGUUGGGGUGCAUUGAAAACAUCAAUGCUAUCGCCAGUUUUGCGACCUUCCCCAAGUAAGCAGCAACUGCAGAAGAAGAAGAAAACACAGCUGCCAAAAAUCAACCAUGAAAGCUCUUCUCAAUCCAGAACCUUCCGCUUUCACCUCCAUAUCUUCCAUUUCCACCGCCAAACCUCGAAACCUCACUCACUCUCAUACCCAAGCAUUCCUCAAGCUCCCUGCAAACAACGGCCACCUUUCCAACGGAAGAAGACUAGCCUUGACCACCAGAGCCACAUUGGACUCGGUCAGGAUCGAUCAAUCAGGGAUUUCAGAGACCGAUAUCCGAAAUCCGACGGUUUCUUCGUCGUAUCGGAGCUCUAAACUUCCGAAGCCGAACCAGACGGUGCUGGACGCUCAGGCUAGGGUUUGCACCGGCCCCACCCAGACCAGACCUCUUGGAGAAGACCAGGCCUUCAAGGUUCUCGACACCAUAUACAGAUCAGUCAAGGGAGAGCUGAUAGAUGAAGAACCGGUGUCGAAAUCACAGCUCGGAGCAUUUUUCGCGGCGAUGGCAAUUCGCGCUAAUGCUUUUCCGGAAGGGACGCAAUGGAGCGAAGGCGAGAGUCGCGCAAUGAACCAGUUCUGGCCGCUUCUGGUUCGAGCCCUUCCGGCGGACGUGGUGUUCAUAGCCGACCCGGAAGGCUCGUUAAUGGGCACGGGAAGCUCAAUUGGGCCCCAAUUCGUCGGUAACGGCACGAGGGAGAUGAGAUUGGUCGGUGUCCUCCGGGAGGUUUUGGCCGGCGGCCACCUUGGAUUUGAAGAAGUUCAAGGUGUUCUGCGAGAUGUUCUUCCAUUGAAAUCAAUGGAGGAUGGGACGUCCACAGGUGUAAGUGAAGCAUUGCUUUCGGCAUUGUUGAUAGGCCAGCGUAUGAACAGAGAAACUGACCGCGAGUUGAAAGCUUACUGCCUUGCAUUUGAUGAUGAACUUGGUGCCACUCCAAUUGCUGAUGUUAAGUCUCUCACUCAUUAUGGCGAACCUUAUGAUGGAAACACACGUUUCUUUAGGAGCACGUUGUUUGUUGCUGCGGUUCGAUCUUGCUAUGCUGAAUCUUCCUUGCUUCAUGGCGUGGAAUGGAUGCCACCCAAGGGAGGUGUUACUGAAGAACAAAUGCUUCAGUUUAUGGGGGCAAAUACAAGCUUAAACCCAUUGCAGGCAAAAAUACUUCUUGAGGAUGACAAAAUUGGUUUUGCCUAUAUAAGCCAACGUGAAGCCCGCCCUUCUCUGUAUUCAUUAGUUAAGUUGAGAGAGCAUAUUAAGAAACGCCCCCCACUGGCAACAACCGAAAAGGUUCAGCAAUUUGUGAAGGCCCGUGGGAAGGAAGCAAUUGUUACUGGAUUUUAUCAUGAAGGUUAUGAGGAGCCGCUCUUAAUGCUUAUGAAAAGAAGAGGUGUUAAUUCUGGCUUGGUUGUGAAGGGUGAGGAAGGAGCCCUCUCGAUGACAACGAGAUUACGAUCAGUAAAUUCAUCAAAAGGAAUUCCUGUAAACUACUGUUCAGGGUUCCGCUCACUGAGCAUGGUAUCUGCUUGUGAAGUUGAUGGGGUUUCACGCGAGAGUUUUAGUCUAGAGGUUAAUGCCAGAGACUAUGGUUUUGAACCCACUGACACUCCAAGAACUGAUAGAUCGGUCUCGAAGAAUAUAGAGUUGGGCUUAACAGCACUUCGUGGUAACAGGGGACCAGCUUAUGAUAGAAUAGUCUUAAAUGCUGGAAUGGUUGAUCACUUACUUGGAUGUGAUGGUGCAGAAGACAUAUAUGUGGCCCUAGAUAGAGCCAGAGAAGCUAUUGAUAGUGGAAAGGCUCUAAAAAGGCUCUUGGAUUACAUAAAGAUAUCUAACGAAGUGAGAUAGCCCCCAGAAUUUGUUUUCAAGAGAUAAGUAUAUGUUGUGAUAAAGGAGGAGCAGAGGGAUAUGAUUUAGUAUUUCUCAAACUACAGGUUGAAAGAAGGCCUACUUCCCAAUGUUUUGUAUGUGUGGUGGAGAUAUGUCGUAAAAAUUUGCUCGUCUAUGCUUUGAUUUGUUAUUUGAGUUGUAAAUUUUUGAAACAUGUAUACCUAUGCGGAUCGCCAAUCCAAGAAUGAAGGUCAGGUUGCAGUGACGGGGAGUGAAAA